AUGACAGGACUCGGGAGCAAUUUACAAACCUCUGUGCCUGCAAUACCCAUAGCAAAUCCAAUAUCUGCCUCGUUGAGAGCAGGAGCAUCAUUUGUGCCAUCACCAGUAACUGAGAAUGACAAAUCCCAUAGCAAAUCUAAUGGUUCUUACCUGGCUAUAAUGUACAAGUCAUUUGCCCAUGUAAAAACUGGAGGAGUUCUAGAAAUGACAAACUUGAUUCAUCGAUCAAGAAAGCAACUAUGGCGAAUCUGUCAAGUGAAAUUCAUCAUGAGAUACGAAAAGCAUCUGAACCGACGUCGCUCCUCGACCUCCUCCACGUGGCUAACUCGAAUUAGUUUGAAGAUUGUUUGUGGUGAGUUCCCAUGUUUUGGGAAUAACCUCCUUUAUAUUCUAAGCUCAUGUUUUGUAAAACAUUAAAACUUUUAUGAAGACAUUUCUUGACACUUAUUUUGAGGGUGAGCUAGGGACAUGUCUUAGCUCCCGCUAAGUCUAUUAGUAGAGGUAUGUUGGGACAUAAAUAGAAAAUGUUUUGAAGUUGCUAAGGA